UGACGAGAGAGGCGUGUGGAGCGAGCGCGAUGGCGGCGGUGACUGGAGCUCACCUCAUCAGCAACAGACUGAACGCGGCUCAGGUCCUGGCAGCCGCCCAGACGGAGCUACUAGAGCUGCUGGGAGAUCCGUCCGUCAAGAAGGUGAUAGUGUGGGACCCUGAUCUCAUCCAGCCAAUGACCAUAAUUGCCGAGGCAACCUUUAUCAGGAAAGGGGGUGUGACCAAGAUGGUUCGACUCCCGGUCACGGGACUGACCGAGCGUUACGAGGAUGCCUCGGAGUUCAUCUUCCUCGUCAGACCCACCCUCACAAUUGUGGAUAUGGUCGCCGAGGCAAUCAGAACCUCCAAGAAGAAGAUGGAGAAGAGGUUUACGGUGGCUUUCACACCUCACAAAGUGGAGUACUGUGUCGCCAAACUCAGGGAUCUGGGGUUGGAGCACGGCAGCAGAAGCCCAGUCCAGUUCUACAUCAACGAGUACCAUCUGGACAUCCUUCCUCUCGAUAGUGACGUACUCUCUCUUGACAUACCCACCGCUUUCAAGGAUCUGUAUGUAGAUCAGGACCCCUCGCCGGUCUACGAAACUGCCAGAGCCAUUGGUAAACUGCAGGCCCUGUUUGGAGUCAUCCCCAAGAUCUAUGGGAAAGGCAAGAAUGCCAAGCUGGUGGCGGAGCUACUGAAGAAUGUGCAGGGAGAGCUGGAGAGGACCCAGUCUAAGACUGGUCGACAGGAGGCGGCCAAUAUCGAUUCCCUCAUCCUGCUGGACCGUAGCGUCGACAUGGUGACCCCUCUCUCCUCCCAGCUGACCUACGAGGGACUCAUUGAUGAGACAUACGGCAUCAAAUACACUGUGGCAAAGUUCCCCCGCCACAUGUUCUCAGAGGAGGUCCUGAAGAGGGGUGGGGAGUCUACCGGUCCAUUUCCAGUCAAACUGGACUCUGACGACAGCAUGUUCUCCGCCAUGAGAGACCUCAACUUCAGAGCAGUGGGCGUCUUCCUCAGCGAUAAGGCCAAAGAAAUCUCUGCUCAGUUUGAGUCCCGUCAUGAUGCCAAGACAGUGACUCAACUGAAGUCGUUUGUUGAGAAGUUGCCACACAUGCAGGAUGCCAAGUUCAACCUCAGCAAACAUACGACUAUUGCUGAGUUGGUGAAGGCGGUGACUGAUAAUGAUGACUUCCUCAGCCUCAUCCAUACCGAGCAAGAUCUCCGUGAGGAGGACUACAGUGACAAACCACACCCCUACAUCGAGAAGUUGCUAGGCAACGCAUCUCACCACCCCAUCGAGAAGGUGUUGAAGCUGAUCUGUCUCCAGUCCAGUGCCAGUAAUGGCCUCAGAGCCCGUCUCCUGGAGCAGUACAAGAGAGAGGUCCUCCAUGCUUACGGCUACCAACAUCUCAACACUCUCCUCCAGCUGGAGAAGGCAGGACUUGUCCGGGCACGCUCCCAGGAGGAGAAAGGUGGACUACUUAGAGCCCAGGAGACCAGGGGCUUCCCCGCUCUCAGGAAGCAGCUGCAGCUGGUUGCCCAUGGCAAUGUCGUUGAUGACAGGAACCCAAGUCCAAGUUCCAUGACGUACCUGUUCUCAGGGUAUGCUCCGCUCAGUGUGAGGCUGGUGGAGGUGUUGUCCAGGAAACAAGGCUUCGCUGCUUUUGAGGAGGUCUUUCUCUUUGCUCUCCUCUUUCUCUGUCUGUCUGUUUUACAACUCUUUUAGACCAACAGCGCAUGAAUUUUUGCGGCGUCCACUCUGUUCAUGUGCAACUCCAAGUGUAAAUGGACCCAAUGUUCCACAUUUACAUUUUAGCUUGGUGCAGUGUUGGUAGGGUUCCAAUAUCUUUCCCGCAGGCCACCAGACAGCUGCCAGGUCCGCCAGCCUUCAUGAUGACUCAGUUAGGGAGACAGAGCCAAAAGAGAAACACUGUGGGUAAUAACAUGGUGCUGGUGUUCUUCAUUGGAGGAGUCACCCUGGCUGAGAUAUCGGCUCUUCGCUACCUCACCAACAGAGAAGACAGUGUGAUGGAGUAUGCUAUAGGGGCAACCCAUGUGACCAAUGGCCCCGCCCUCGUCAGCUCCGUCAUGGGGGACACACCCCUCUACCAUGCCUCCCGCAGUCUGUGGGAGAACAUCACUGACGGUGGGCGGGCCAGGACUCCGCCCUCUUCCUCCGCACCUCCUCCAUCACACAGGUUUGGACAUGCAUUUCACUCGUGCUUGUGUUCAGACAAACUAUACUUAGUGAUUCACAGUUUCUCCAUCUCAUCCACAGGGCCAGUUAGUUCCAUCAUGGACUCCAUCAUAGAUUUCGUUUGCUUUUACAAGUCAAAAUUUUCAAAUUAUUGUCUUUGUGUGACUACGUUAUAAAAUUGAAUCCUACACAAAAUACUACUUCUCUGCUACCAUGACUGUGUGUGUAUGUUACAGUGCAAGGCAGUUACUUAGUUGCAGCGAGGUAUAUACAGUCUAGUCUGUCCAUCAGAUGAUGAUGAUGUCAUCGUGAGGUGUGGCUAGUUGUGAGAUCCUCUGGUUCCUCCAGUUGAAAACAAAACCAGCUUCUUCCGGCCUUUCUUUGCCGUCUUCUUCGAACUCACACCUUUGCAAAAACGUUCAGAGUUCUUUCCUUACUAUCAGGAGUUACCAGGGAAAUGGUGGCUUAAAUUUUUUUCGUACUUUUAACGAGAACAUGAGGGUAAAGACAGGCCAACGAACAAGCUUGAAUACCACACCUACAUAUGUACAUAUUAUCAUGAGAAUGCAGUGAAGUAAUUACUAAAUUGGGGAGAGGUUACACCACAUCACAUGUCUGCUCUAACACGGGCAAGAUAAGCUGACAUGCAGGCAAAAGGCGGAUGGCACACCUUGCAAGGUGGAGACCUGAGUUGUGAGCAGAGCCUCUGUGAAUGCCUCCUGGAACGAAGGCACCUUCUCUCCCUCCCCUCCCUCCUCUCCUUUCCCUGUCUCCUCCCCCGGAGACCCAGCUCUUACAACACUAGAUGGAGAGGUCUUGAUUGGCCAAACAGGUGGGGGUUUCCCCUCAGUGCAUCAGCAAACGAGGGGUGAUCAGCGGAGCUGUCGUUCAGGACGACCUGACCAUUGUCCUGAACUCCGCUCUCCGCCGACGGGGAGGAGCGUCCUGGGAGAACCUCUGGUGCUACGAGACUGAGGUGUGAGGAGUGGGGAGGUGAGGAGGUGAGUUGGGGGAGGAGGUCGUGGAUCCUCUCCGGACUUAGUGGCUGGCACGAUGAGGUCGGGAGGGGAAACCCCUC